AAUGGACACCUAAUAUAUUGACGUCUUUGGGUCCUCGCAGAAGGUGUGUUUACGCUGACGUCACAGCAGUUUGCCGAAGGGAUCAAGGACUGACACAUCGGCAUCAUGUUCCAUGGCAUACCAGUUACAGGAGGGGUGGGAGGAGCUCCGGCAAACAAGCCUGAGUUAUAUGAGGAGGUGAAAUUGUACAAAAAUGCAAGAGAACGAGAGAAGUAUGAUAACAUGGCAGAGCUGUUUGCUGUUGUCAAGACCCUUCAGGCUCUGGAGAAGGCUUACAUCAAAGACUGUGUCACGCCCAAUGAGUACACCGCCUCCUGCUCCAGGCUGCUGGUCCAGUACAAGGCCGCCUUCAAACAGGUGCAGGGCUCUGAUGUGGGCUCAAUCGAUGAUUACUGCAGAAAGUACAGACUCGACUGCCCACUAGCCAUGGAAAGGAUUAAGGAGGACCGGCCAAUCACCAUCAAGGAUGACAAGGGCAACCUGAACCGCUGCAUUGCAGAUAUAGUUUCUCUCUUCAUCACUGUGAUGGACAAGCUCAGACUGGAGAUCAGGGCCAUGGAUGAGAUCCAGCCAGACCUUAGGGAGCUGAUGGAAACCAUGAACAGAAUGAGCAACAUGCCUCCAGACUCAGAGGCUAAGGACAAAGUCAGCCUCUGGCUGGCCACCCUCAGCAGCAUGUCGGCCUCAGACGAGUUGGAUGAUAAUCAGGUGCGCCAGAUGCUGUUUGAUCUGGAGUCGGCUUACAAUGCCUUCAACCGCUUCCUCCACUCCUCCUAAAGCCUCGGCCCAUCAUCGAUCCACCUGUCUGAAAUUCUGACUCUAAUAUCUAUUAAGUUAAAAAAAAACACUCUUCCUUCUCCUUCUGGCUAUUGAUGGGGCAGGUUCAGAUCUGGACGGGGUCUAGAUCUGUCUCACAUCAGCCCAUUUCUUUUCGUAUGUCCUUUUUAUUCAUAUUGUGUACUAUUCAAACUCCUCGCCUCGUGUACUUCAGUGUCUGGGACAUCAUGAUGCCUGCAGCCUUGCCCCCCAGGUUUAAUCUGUGCUGUGAGACACUCCAUUGGCCUCUUUUCUACCCAAACUUGUGUGAAAAAACCUUUAACAUUGGCUGUAAAUUCUGCUCUGGACAAAACAGUUUACUUCUAACUUUGUACUGUAAUAUCAAAAAGGUCUAAUUUUAUACUUUUGCAGAGCACC